AUUUCGUUUAUUCUUAGACUAAAUUUCCGGGGAACAACCUCAGCGAGACAAAUAUCUCCAUAUCUCCAUCACGUUCACUUAUCACGGUUUACACGUUUGAAGGCAUUUCUGAGAGAGCCCCCUGCUUUCUGUAUUUACUGAGGAAGAGCAAUUUAAAUUUCCUCUUACUGCUUCGACCACAACGCAAAGUACCGCCUUCGGGAAUGGAGUUUGAGUUCUGGCCUCACACACAUCUGUCUGUACAAGGAUAUUCAAUAGAAAACUAGUUUUUCUACAUCACAGAGGAGGUCAGGAAAACCAUUAACUUUGAAACUGAAAGUGCCAAGUUUGUUUGUAUGAAGUAAGAUUUUCGGAAGAAUAUAUUUCUUUGUGAAACGAGCCUUUAUUUCAAGCGCUGACUAAGAUAUUUCAUCUUCUCUAGCUACGCGGAGGGUCUAGUGUAAAAGCAGCUGUUUGAACGUUUCAAUCCGUUCAGUUCAGAGUUGAAAUGUCAAGUCUCCUUACUGAUUGCUAUACACUGAGAUCUAUGUCAGUUGUGAGAACUUGGUUGAACAUCACGACAAUAUCCCUUACUGAUGAUUUUCUUUAUUCUCAUCACCUGUCUGUUUAAAAUUUCGUUGAUGUUGUAAGGAGAAAUUAUACAUUGGUCCCGUUAUGAAAUUAAAUGGUUAACCAGGAGGCUCCUAUUCUUAGCUUCAAUGAAAUGCUUGGUUCCGUUCAUUUAAUUAAAUAGAUUAAAUGUUAUGUUUUCUAUCAUGUCCUCUCUUGGUGGUCAGUAGUAAUGGGGACUUUUAACCAAUAUCUCUGUGGUCAUCAUUACAACUAAUAAAUAAAUGAGUUUUUUUAUAUUUUCCUAGCAAAAUAACUAUAGUAAAUGACGCUACCCAAGGCCGUGAACUCGUCCCCUCGUGUUAGUCGCGCAGAUGUUGUGUACGUAUCUAAGAGUUACAAAAUUUAAUCGGUUCGAUAUUGUAGGUAUACUGUACAUGUUAUGAAGAUCUCGUUGCCAUUUCGUUGACAAAUUCUCCGGAAACGUUAAUAUUAUUGAAAAAAGAAAACUGUUACACCCACACCAAUUUGAUUAAAUCAGCCACGCGGACAAACCGCACAACUCAAAAGCACUUAGACUAUCAAACAAUUUAUCUUUUAUGACUGUUUGAUGUUCAGUAAUUAGCUAACGUUACUGCAAUUUCUGUCUUCCGACAAGCAAUUAAUUAAUUUUCUUUCAAAGGAACGUUUUCCACGGGAGAGCAUCUUCGGUGUUUUUUUCGCACAUGAACAAAACUUCACAAACAAAGAACUAAUCUUCACGUUAAUAGCUUCAUGCACGAUGUCUGAGAGAAAUUAAUCCAUUUUUGUCCCCCAGCAAACAAUUCAAUGCAUUUUUUCUUCUAAGUAACGUUUCAUAAAAGAAAAUUAAUUAAAUCCUUUUCUUGAAGUAAUUUAAACUCAAUACGCUUCCGAAUUUCUUCAUAUCAACACGAAACAUCGCUCAUAGCGGAGGAACGACAUGAUUCGGAGAGAGCUCUCAUUUGUAAGGGCAGCGUUUUUCGUUUUCUUGAUGUUUGAUUUGACAUCCCAAGUAGAAGCCCAUGCAGAAGCGGGUGACAUGACAACAAGUCAAUCAGUGAGUCAGUACCCAUGGAAACUUCCAUCUGCGCGUUAUGGGAUAGCAAACCAUCCAGACUCAGUUCAGGCGGUGGAAGGCUUCGAUGCAUUCCCUGGCCAUGGCAACACACCAUAUAAAAGUGCGCAAUCGUCGGCUGAGUACCCGUGGUUACGCACAUAUGGGACUAAAAGAGAGUCAAUCAGCCAAGGUGAUCAGCGAAAAAGUUACAUAACUACGGACAAGGCAGGCGGCGUUCGAGAUCCCUUGACCAAGAGGAAUCAGAUAAGAAAAGCCACCAGACGUUACCAGCGGAAGUAGAUGGUGCUCUGCAAGACCUGAUGACCAAAUGCAGGCGCAGAACCAAUGACAGUCUGGACAGUUUACUUUGUUGCUUAGAGUGUAGUCAUGAGUAGAAAUAAAGCAUGGCUAAAAAUCUA